AUGGGGACGGAGGAGACAGGCGUAAUUCGGCCGUCUGAUGCGGCCGCGCAACCGCCACGUCUGACGCCGGCCGAAUUUAAGGGAAAAGAAUGUUCACCACUCCACACAAUGCUGGCACUACUUUUAUGGCUUGGCGCCAUUCAUUUCAACGUCAUCAUCUUUUUCGCUGCCUUCGUUUUCCUUCCUCUUCCCAAAGCCAUGGCGUUCGUUCCCAUUUCUCCUUACUCAGGUAGUGGUUUUAUUGGUGAUAUUUAUGUUGAUUCCAAUUGA